AAAAAUGAACAUGCAUCUGAAAGUCUUGAUCUUCACGCUGUCAUUUUUGACAACUUCAGCAUACCCACUCCACCGUAACACUAGGGAGGCAACCUGGACUGAUUCAAAGACCAACCAGGCUCAUGAUAAGACAGAACUUACAAAGGAUGUGGAUAGAAUCUACAAGACCCACAUAGACAGCAGUGGCCUUUACGACCAAGACAAUCACAGCAAAAAUCAUGUGGCAGAAGAGAUGCAACGCAAGCUCAACCUGGAGUCAGAGCGUCUGCGUGCCCGUCUGCGCCAAGAGUUGGCCGAGCUGCAGGAGAGGUUGUCUCCAUCUCCAGCGCACCUCAGCUCCACCUUGGCUAGCAUGAGGGAGCGCUUGGCUCCCCUCACCCAGCAGCUCCAGAGCUCUCUCAGCAGCAAUACCCAAGAUCUGUGUGGCCAGCUGAGUCUCUAUCUGCAGGGCCUGGAGACAGCAGAGGCCCAGGCUGAGGCCAGUCCCACUCUCUACCAGGAAGCCUUCCACUGGAUGAGCCAAACCCUGGAGCACAGCAGCUCCAAGGUGGCCGAUAUCAUCAGCGACUUUCAUACUAAAACCGUUGGGGUGAUCGAACAUCUGAAAGAGAUCAGCGCUAGUGAGGAGGAGUCAGCCAAGCCCGAGCUCUGGAGGGAAAUUAGCUCCAGGUUGGGACAGGAAGUUAGUUCACUGAGGGUGGAGGCGCAGAACAGGGUAGAGGCUCUCAAAACAGAGCUUGCUGCUCUGCUAGAAACUGCACAGCCUCGUAGGGCUGAACUGACUGCCAGUAUGGAGCGGUUCUGCCAAAAUGCAGCCCUGCAGAGCCAAGUGUUUCAUGCCCGGAUAGAGAGGCUGUUUCAGGGGCUGGAGGAGGAGCUGGAGGUCCAGGGAGCCUCAAGCUUGUCUCCUUCUUCCUCCUCAUCCAUACAGCCAGGUGGAUCUUUGCAGGAGGACUUUUCAAUUAAACUCUCUGCUCUGAUCCAAGACAUUCUGCACUCAGUCUAGUGGCAGAGACAACAAAAUACUAAUUAACUGCCAUUAUGGUCACAUUAAAGUGAUUCUUGUAAUCUUCAUUCUGUAUGUGAAUGAGUGUAUUAAUGUCAGUGUAUAUUUACGCUAUGUAAAAAGAUGCUGCUUUUGAAGAGAAAAGUUGUUGAUGAUUUUAAAAUUGCACAAUAUCGAGUACAACACCAACCUGUUUUCAAACUUUAUUUAUAAUUUUUGCAAAACAUAGAAACAAGUCUGACUAACAUACUGUAGAUUCUAAUGUGCUCAACAAUAUAUUUUAAGUGUUUUACGCAGUCUAGAUUCUGAAC